CCCUCUCGCCUGCGCCUGCCUCCCUUGCCGCUCUCUACCGCCAAAACUCCCAAAGCUAACGCGCGGGCGCGCGCCCUUCUCUUCUUGCCGCUCCCCACGGCGCCGCCUCGCAUGCAGGAGCAGCUCCUCCACGCGGCCGAGCCCGGCCGCCGGCCGGCGCAGCAGUUCGUCGGCGUCGACCUCCGCCGGCCCAAGGGCUACGCCGCUCCGGCCUCGACCCCGCCGGCGGAUCCUCCUGCAGCGAAGGCGGCCGCCGCGGAGGGGGAGCCGUGCCCGCGGUGCGAGUCCAGGGACACCAAGUUCUGCUACUACAACAACUACAACACCUCCCAGCCGCGCCACUUCUGCAAGGGCUGCCGACGCUACUGGACCAAGGGCGGCACCCUCCGCAGCGUCCCCGUCGGCGGCGGCACCCGCAAGCGCCCCGCCUCCUCCUCCUCCUCCUCCGCCACCGCCGUCAAGAAGCCCACCAAGAAGCGCCGCGCCACGCCACCCGAGCCGGUCGCCGCCUCCGCCACGGCCCAAGACGCUGCCGCCAAGAUGACCGAGACGACGACGACCACCACCCCACCGACCGAGGCUUCCGCGAGCGAGAUCACCACGGAGCUCGUGGUCCCCGCGGCGGCGGGGGCAGCGGAGGAGGACUCCUUCACCGACCUCCUCCACCACGGGGACGCCGACGCCGCCGCCGCGCUCGACCUCGGCUUCUCCGACUACCUCUCCGUCGGCGGCAAGGCCCUGGGCGACGCCUACUCCUUCGAGUGGCCGGCGCCGUUCGACCUGGGCGGCGCGUGCUGGGGCGGCGCCGCCGACACUGACCCGGCCGUCUUCAUGAACCUCCCCUGA